AUGAACAAAAAUCAUGAAUUUGAUUUUUAUCAAAAAUUAAUGAAAAAGAGAUUAAAUGAUUACGAAACACAUUCAGAUGUGUCAUGUAAAAUUGGAUAUAGUGACUCUGAAUCUGAAGGAGUAGCUUCAAUAAAAGAAGCACCAUAUUAUUCUUAUAAUCAUAAUUUAAAAAAUUAUAAAAAGGAAAAAUUGGAAAAACCAAUAUGGAAAAGUUUUCAUGAUAUUGAAGAAACUGCAAAAAGUUCCUAUUCAGAUGAUGAACAUAUAAAGAAUGACAAAUCAGAAAACGAAAUUGAAUCUCCUAGAUUUGGUAAUUCAUCCGAAGAUGAGAAAGAAAAAGAAGAGGAAAUAGAAGAAAAUGAAUAUAAACGUAUACAUAAGAAUACUGAGAAUUUAUAUAUAUUUGACGAUGUAAAUGAAGAUGUAAAAACUUUAGAAGAAAAUGAAUCAUUAGAUAAUUAUACACAACAUAACAUUUCUAGUAAUAUUAAUUACAACUUUCGAGAAGAAUUAAAAAAUAAUAUGUAUAAUAAUUUAAGUAUGUUUAGAAGCAUAAAAGAUAAUUAUGAUGAUGCUACUAAACAUUUUCUUAAACCAAAAACUUUUAAAGAUGUGAAUGGUUUGUAUAAUGAUAUUAACGAUGAAAGAGUUGAUAUUGAUAUAUUAAAAAAAGAACAUGAAAGAUUAAAAAAAGUAAAUAAAUUAGGAAAUAUUGAACAAGCUUAUUUUCCAGUUACUUCUUUAUAUAAUGAUGAAGAUAUGGAAAAAAUAAAUAAACAAAAUAUCAGUAAAUUUAAAAAUAUAAAAAAUAAAAAAUUAGAGGAAAAAGAAUUUAAAAAUUCAAUUUCAAUUUUUAAUAAAAUAUAUAAUAAAUAUGAUGAAAUUAAUAUGAAUAAAAAACAUUUUAAAAAUAAUAACGUAUGUGAACAAAAAAUGAUGGAUAAUAAGCAAGGUAAAGCAAAGAAAAAGACUAUAUUAAAAAAAAUUAAAAAUAAUGCAGACGAAAAAUACUAUGAGGUGAAAGAAACAAAGUUAAUUAAUAAUGAAUUAUAUACGGAUGAAGAAAAAUAUGAAAGAAAAAACGAAGGUGAAAAUAAAUGCAAUAUGAUCAAUGGCAAAAAUAAAGAAAUGCAUAAUGAAAAACAACAAACAAGUGAAGAAGAAGAUAUAGAAGAGAAAAGAGAAGAUGUAGAAGAGGAAGAAGUAGAAGUAGAAGAGGAUAUGGAAGAGGAAGAAGAAGAGGAAGAAGAGGAAGAGGAAGAAGAGGAAGAAGAGGAAGAGGAAGAGGAAGAGGUAGAAGAGGAAGAAGAAGAAGAAGAGGAAGAGGAAGAAGAAGAAGAAGAAGAAGAUAUGGAAGAUGAAGAAGGAAAAGAUUAUAUAGAUGAAGAAAAGGAAGCAGAAAAUCAGAAAGAGAAUAACGAUGAUAAGGAAAUAAAUGAGGAUGGAUGUAAAUAUGAAGAAAAUAAAAUUAAUAACAAAAAUGAUAAUAUUGAUGAAGAAACUGAUUAUAUGUAUAAUGAAGGUUAUGACAAAGAAAAUGACGAAAAAGAAACAGGACUUUCAGGAAAAUUGAAAAAUAAAUUUAGUAAAAAACAAAAAUUUUUAGAAAAUAAUAAUAGUGAAAACAUUAUAAACAACUUUUAUAAUAAAAAAAAAAAUUCAAAUAUAAAAAAAAAAAAAAAAUAUAAAAAACAAAUUCCUUUACAAAAAGGAAACACUAGUGAUAAUAAUAGAAAAGUGGAAGUUGUGACAUAUAAAAAGAAAUAUUCUAAAAUUAAUGAAAAUUUUAUCAGGGAUCCUAACAUUAACAAUAAAACAGAAGAUGAAAAUUAUAAAAUUAAUGAUAACAUAAAUAAUAAUAAAAAAAAAAUAUAUGAUAAUUUUGAAAAAGAUGAUGACUUAAUGAAUGAGCAUAUUGCAAAAGAAAUCAAUUUUGAGUGGUGGAAAAGUAAUGAAAAUAUUAAUGAUUUGCAAAAUAAAAAUAAUGAUAUAGAUGAAAAAAUAAAUAAUGAAUGUAACUUAAUAAAUUCUGAAAGUAAAACUUUAAAAAGAGAAAAAAUAUUAAAUCGUUAUGAAAUACCAAAGGACAUUUCUUAUUACGCAGAAAAAUAUCAAAAUAAUAAAAAUAAAAAAGAAAAAUCAAAUGAAAUUAUGCACAAUGCAAUUCAUGAAGAAAUAAAUAUGAACAGUACAGCUACUGAAUGUAAAAACAUCAACGAAAAUGUAGUUUUACCUAAUGACACUAGUGGAGAUAUUCAUUUUUAUAAAAAUAAUGAUCUCAUUAACAGUAAAAAUGAUUUUAAUAAUAGAUAUUUAAAUAAUAAUAUUUUAUUAAAUAGUAAAAAGGAUUUAUAUAAUAAAGAUAUGAAUAAUAAUAAUGAUUCGGAAUUUAAUAAAAUAAUUGAAAAUAUGAAUAUAGAUAGCUUUAAUAAUAAAAAUAGAACUAAAUUUUCAUCGAACAUACAAAGUGAAAUGUUAAAGGAUAGUUGCAGUGUAGAAAUGAUUCAAAGCUAUCCAUAUAAUUAUUUAGGUUCAUUAAAUAAUUAUAAUUUAGUUAAUGAAUUUUAUUCACCUAAUAUUAGAACAGAUAAGUGUGAGAAACAUGAUAACAAUACAGAAUUAAAUGAUUCACACGUUUUAAAAAGUAUAAAUAUACCAUUUAAUGAGAAAAUGAAAAAUAAUGAUAUAAAUCAUUCAAAUAAUAAAAAUAUAAUAUUUAACUCUUUUAUGAAUAAUGAUAAUAUAAAUAAAGGAAAUGAGUUAAUUCUCACCCAUAAUAACUGUAUAGAGAAAAAAAUGUAUAUAGAUGAGAAUGGUAAUCUAUCUAAUUUUUAUGAUAAAAUAAACCUUUAUAAUGAAAAAGUUAAUGAAAAGGGUUUAAAUAAUAAAAAAGAAGAUUAUAUUAAGAAUAAUGUUAAUGAAAAUAAUAGUAGAGGAAACGUUAAUGAAAAUAUUGAUAUGGUUGAAAAAAUAGAAGAAGAAAAAAAUAAAAAAAUUAAUUUUUUUUUAAAUUAUUUAAAAAGUAUUAGUUUGGAUUCAGUAAAUAAUAUUUUUGAAUAUUUUGUUGAGAAUGAGAAAAACAGUACCGUAAAAGAAAUAAUGGAAAAAACUUUAUUAAAAAAAGAUAAUCAAAAUAAAAAAAUAAAAUUAGAAGAAUAUGUAAAUGAUCUUUCUAAAAGCGAUCAAAAUACUCAGACAGUGGAUAAAAAUUUAAAAAAUGAAGAAAUACAAACGAAUAACACAAGAAAGGUAGAAAAUUUUAUGCAAACAAAUAUAAAAGAUAUCAAUAAUGAGUUAUAUAUUAAAAAGGAUGUGUUAAGCAAAAAAACAAGUAUAGAUUCUGUUUUUUUUAAAAAUUUAAGUAAAGAUUUGAAUUCUUUUAAUAAUGAAAGUAAAGAAAAAAAGAAUGAUAAUUCUAAAAAUAAUUUAAAUCUUGAAUCAAAAAAUGAUUCAUAUGUUGAUACAAAAAAUAAUUUAAGUGUAGAUGAGUAUAAUGAGGUAAAAAAAAUACAUGAUUUAAAAGAAAAAAUUUUAGAAAAAAUUAAAUCUUGCUAUGAUAAUUUUAGUGAGAACAAUGAUGAAACAGCUAUAUUAAUGUUAAAAGAUAAAUAUGAAUGUACAAAUAAUAAUAAUUACUAUUCCAAUAAAGUAAAAGAUAAUACAAAUUAUAAUGCAAAUUCCAAAAGAAAAAACAAAAGAAAUAUGAGCGUAAUAACUGUAGAAACUACUGAAUCAUUGAAAUCAUUUGAAAAGGAAAUGAGUUUAUUAAAAUCACAUAAUGAAAGAUUAAAAAGAAGAAUUGAAAAGUUGUAUGAUGAAAAAGAAAAAAUAAAAAAUGAUUACAUAAAGAUUGAAAAAUUGAAAGAAAGUCAAGAUAAUUUAUUUUUAGCUACAGAAAAGCAUAUUGAAAAAUUACACGAGGAAUUAAAUAAUUUAUCAAAGGAAAAUGAAGACAUGAAAAAUGAUUUAAAAAAAAAAAAUAUAAAAAUAAUAGCUCUAGAGUCCCAAAUAGAUAAUAACGAAUUUUCCAUAUCAAGUCGUAGUACUCAUAAAAAAGAUGAACUCACUUAUAUAGAUUUAAAUAAUAAAUUAGAAGAGUUUAAGUGUCAAAUAACAGAUAAAAAAAAAGUAAAAGAGCAAAUAAAUUUGUUGCACACACAAUUGCACAUUUUAAAAGACGAAAUUAAAAAAGCAGAAUCAUUAAAAUUAGAAAAUGAAGAGCUAAGAAAAUUAUUAAAUAAAAAAAGCUCUACUAUUAAUGAACAUGAAAACAGUAUAAUGAAACUAGAAAAAAGUGUUGACAAUUUAAAUAAACAGAAUAUUCAUUUGAGUAAAGAAAAUGUUGAUUUAAACAAAAAGAGUUUGGAGUUCAAAAAAGGAAAUAUUAUAUUAUCAAGUUAUGAUGAAAAUAUAGAUACAAAUAAAAUGAAUGAAAUGCUAUCAAUUCGAAAUAAAACGAUGGAUUUAUAUUCAGAUAAAAUAAAUCUUCUAAAAAGUAAUAUUGAAGAAAAAGAAAAUCAAAUAAGAGACUUAGAAAGAAAUGUAAAUAUAUUAAAAGAACAAAAUUUUCAAUUAAAUGAAGAAAUUUUAGACUUAAAAGAAAAUAAUAUUAAAUUAAAAAAGAUAAGUUUAUCACCAAAUAACGAAAAUGAUUUAUAUAAUAAUAAUGAAAAUAUAGAAAUAAUGCAAAGGGAAAUUGAAAAAGUAUAUUUAGACAAAAUAAAUAUAUUAAAAAGUAAUUUAGAGGAAAAAAAAAAAAAAAUUGAUCUACUAAAUGCUUUAUUAGAAACAUCAAAUAAUCAAACAAGUCAACUAAAUGAUAAAGUUAAAAAUAUAUUAAAGGAAAACAAAAAAUUACAAAAAAAAUAUGAAAAAUGUCUUAAUUAUCUGGAAAAACUAAAAAUAAAAUAUGAUGAACAUAUUUUAAAGAAAAAUGAAAAAUCAGUCAUUUCAUUUGAUGAAUUGAACAAUUGUAACCAUAAUAAGGCAGAUUACCAAUCAACUAAAUCAAAUGAUCAAAUGUCUGAAAAUUUAUGUUUGAAAAACAACAAAGAAAAAAUAAUUUUGUCAAAUAAUAGUGAAGAAAACGAAAUGAAAAAUUUAAAUAAUAUGUAUCAUAGUGAUGAUGAAGAUAUUAGAGAACAUAAUAAAGGAGAAUAUGAGGAAGAAUAUGAGGAAGAAUAUGAGGAAGAAACAAAUGAAGAUAGUGAAUGUAUUAUAAAGUAUGGAAAUGAAGAAACUUCUGAGAAAGAAGAAAAUAGUAUUGAUUUUAAAGAAAAAAUUAGUAAUGAUAUUUUAACAAAAGAAGUGAAAAUGAAUACUUUAAAAAAACAUACAAACAAUGUAAAUAGUAAUGAAGAAGAUGCAUAUAAUGUAAGUUAUGUAGAUAGAAAUAAUAUGGAGAAAAAUGUUAAUAAAAAAAAUAAAAAUGUAUGCAAAGUAUUAAAAUAUAAUGAUUUAGAACAUGAAAAGAGCAAAUUGUUAGAUAAAAAAGGUAAAAAUCUUUAUAAAAAUUUACUGGAUAAUGAAAACAAAUAUGUUAAUAUAAAUAAUAUUUUUGAAAUUGAGAAUAUAACACAAGAUUUACAAAAUAUGUUUUAUAAAAAGCAAUAUUCUAAUGAGAAAUUAGAUAAUACUAUCAUAAAUAAUAAUUUAAAUAAUAAAAUUUUAAAAAGUUUUAAUAACAAUUUAUCAAACGAAAACCACAAUGCAUUAUAUGAAAAUGGAUUUCAUAGAAAUAGAGAACAAUUUUAUCAAAAAAGAAAUGAAAAUUUUAUACACAACGAUUCUAACGAUAUAAAUUAUAAUAAUGAAAAUAAUUUUAAUAAUAAUAUUAUGAGUGAAAAUAUGUCAAACUUAGAAUUUAUAAAUUAUACCUUAAAUGAAAUGAAUUUAAAGAAUAUGGAAAAAUCAUAUGUAACAAAUAAAAUAAAAACAUUCAAUGAUAAUGUAAGUAAUUAUAUAGAAAAAAAAAAAAAAAUAGAUGAAAUGUGUAACAGGAAUAAUUUGCUUUAUAAUAAUACCAAUCAAAAGUGUAACAAUUCUUCUUAUUCAAAUUUUGAUACAAAUAAUAUAAAGAUAGGAGAAACUGAAAAUGAUAUAUAUAAAGAAUUAUAUAAUAAGAAUAUCAUGGAUAAUAUAAAUAACAUAAAUAAAAUGAAUAUUACGAGUAAUAUGAAUAAUAAUGGAAAUAUUAAUAAUAUGAAUAAUAUGAGCAGUAGGAUUAAUAUUAAUGAUAUUGACAACACUAAUAAAAUGAAUAAUAUUAAUGAUAUGAAUAAUUUGAAUAAUAUUAAUGAUAUGAAUAAUUUGAAUAAUAUUAAUGAUAUGAAUAAUAUGAAUAAUAUUAAUGAUAUGAAUAAUUUGAAUAAUAUUAAUAAUAUGAAUAAUAUGAGUAAUAUUAAUAAUAUGAAUAAUAUGAGUAAUAUUAAUAAUAUGAAUAAUUUGAAUAAUAUUAAUGAUAUGAAUAAUAUGAGUAAUAUUAAUAAUAUGAAUAAUAUGAGUAAUAUUAAUAAUAUGAAUGUGAAUAACAUUAAUGGUAUGAAUUAUAUGAAUAAUGUGAAUAGAAUUAACAACGCUAAUAACAUGAAUAAUAUGAGUAAUAAGAAUACUUCGAAUAGUGUAGAUAAUAUAAUUAGGAAUAAUUCAAACAAUUUAAGAAAUUUAUAUAUAAAUAAUUUAGAUAAUCAAAAAGUAAGAGAACAAAUAGAAAACAAUAAUGUAAAUAGGUUUUCAUUAAAUACUAAUGAAACGAAUUUAAAAAAUAUUAAUUCAAAUAAUUUAAAGAGUAACGAAUGCAUGUCUAAUAUUAAAAAAAUAGAAAAUGAAGAUUCAGAUAGAACUAACAAAUUAAGUAAUGAAAAUAAUAUAUAUAAUUUUAACAAUGAAUUAAAAAAUAAUAUUGUAAAUUUGAACACUAGUUCAAAUGUAAAUAAUAACGAAAUAUAUUGUGACAGAAAAGAGAUAAAAAAUGUUAAUACUCCAGAAAAUAAUAAUAUAAUUAAUAAUAACUCCAAUAAUAUAUAUGAGAUUGAAACAAAGGAAAAUUUAAAUAAAGAGGGAAAUAAAAAGGGAGAAGCAUGGAUAAUUGAUUUAAAAAAUAAUGAAGUAUUUCCUUAUAUUAAAUUGAAAAAUACACUGUUAGAAGAAGAGAAACAAAGAAAAAAUAGUAGAAAAAAAGACAUUUAUGAUAAAAAUAGUAGAAAAAAAGAUAUCUAUGAUAAAAAUAAUAAAAAAAAUAGCAUAUUUGAUAAAAAGAAUUUCUAUAAAAAGGAUAAAAACUAUAAAUCAAUUUUACAAAAAAAAUAUACUAACAGAAUCUUAGAUAUGAGAAAUAAAGAUAAAUUAAAUUUAUUAGUAAGUAAUAUUUCCAAAUUAGUUAAAAGUAAAAUAGCAGAAGAAAUGCAUAAGAAAAAAUUACCUAAAGAUAUAUUAAAUUUUGAAAUUACUAAAAUAAAAAAAGGAAAUAGUUCUAAAAAAAAUACAUAUAAAUGUUAUGAUAAUAAAAGACAAGAAACCAAAAUGAUUUUAAGUGAUUCAAUAUCUAUAUCUUCUGGAACUUUUAAUAAUACACUUGAAACCAUAGAAGAUGAUAAUAGUGAUAUAAAUUCCCAAAACCUUUUAAAAAAUAUAAAUGAAAAUAUAUUCAGAUAUAAUAUUGCUAAUAGUAAUGUAAGUAAAAAUGAAAUAAAAAGUGCAAAUAGAAAAAAUGUAUAUCAUCCUAAUGUUGAUAAUAGUAGUUUAAAUAACUUCAUUCCUAAAGAAAAAAGCAAAUCUGUUCUAAAUGAUGGAAAUCUUUUAAAUAAUGACAUAUUGUUAAAUAAUUUUCUAUUAAAUCAAAAUUACGUUAAUGAUAUUAGAGAUAUUAAUGAAAAAAUUAUGAAUAAUAAUCUAUUUUCUUCUAAAAAUUCUCUAAAAAAUUUAGGAGAUACACAUUUUUAUCAAAAUUUAAAUAAUAAUGGUUUAGGAAAUGUCCCAUUAACCGGUAACAUGAAUUACUGUAAUUUGGUUGAUUCUAACUGCAAUUAUAACAAAUUAAAUUUUUUAAAUAAAAAUAUAAAUCGUAACAAUAAUAAUAUAGGAAAUGAUUUAGAAAUUAAUAUAAGUAAAAAUUUAAAUAAUAAUAAUAUAAGUAAUAUAUUAAAUAGUGAUUUAAAGGUUGACAUAGAGAAUAAUAAAGAUAAAAAUAUAACUAAUAACAAAAAUAUUGAUAUAAUGAAUAAGAGUAAUCAAAAUAUAUGCAAUAAUUUUAAUAAUGAUAUGAAGAAUAAUAAUCAAAACGUAUAUAAUAAUGUGAAUAUUGAUAUGUUGAAUAAUAAUGAAAAUAUAUGUAAUAAUUUGAAUAUUGAUAUGAUAAAUAAUAAUGAAAAUAUAUGUAAUAAUUUGAAUAAUGAUAUCGAAAACAGUAUUCGUGUUGUUAACCCAUUUGUGUUUUCCAAUGACAUUUUAAAUAAUAAUAAUAUUAGUAAUACUAUUUUUGAAGUUAAUAAAUUAAAUAAUUCAUACUUGUUUGAUAUUAAUGCUUUAGAACCGAAAGAAAAUUCUAUAAGUCAUAAUAAUACAGUUUUAAAUUAUAAUGUGUUGGAUAGAAAGGAUAUAAAUAUACCAAAUAAUGAAAUUAUUUUGAAUGAUGAUUUAAAUAAGAAUAAUAUUAAUAAUAAAAAUAUAUUUAAUGAAAUACAACGAGACAAUAAAGUGUAUGAAGAAAGUAAUAUAAAUGAAAAAACAAGUAAUCAUAUUUACAAAGAAAAUAAAAUAGAAAAUAAAAAUAAUAUAUUCAAAAAUAGUGUAAAGAGGUCUAUAUCAGUAGAUAUUAAAAAAAAUGAAACAAAAAAAAAUUCAGCUAACGAAUGUACAGAGUUAAAACCAAAAAUGAAUACGCAAAUAUUUAAUUAUUCUGAAAAUAAAAAGAAUGGCUUAAGAGAUAUGUCAGCUUAUGCAGAUAAAGUUUUAGAAGAUAUGAAAUCUCUGAUACCAUUCAAAGUCAAUAGUGUGAUUAAUAAAAUAAAUAAAGGUGAUAAAAAAGAGUGUGAAGUAAAGAAAACAUUAAAUAUUAAAAAAAAUAAUUCAAAGUCUUACAACGAAGUUAUAUUAAAUAAAUUAAACAAUAAUAUUAACAAAUCAGAUUAUUGUAAUAAAGGAACUAUUUUAAAAAAUAAUUACACCAAUAAUUCUGUUACAAAUUAUAAAUAUAAGAGAAUCAAUGAAAAAUCUGAAAAAAUGAUGGAGGCUUUAAAGAAUAAGGAAAAUAAAAAAAUUGAUUAUGCAAAAGAAAACUCCCAUUCUAAUUCAAUUAACUCAAAAAAGAUAGAUAAUUCAAAUUAUAAUAAAAAAAAGAAAUACAAAGUAAUUGCACCAAAUACCACUAAUAAAAAUAAAAAAUAUGCAUUAAAUGAACAUACUUCGGAUGAUAUAUGUAUUAAUAAUGAAUUUGGAUUUUUAAAUGAAAACAAAAGUAAUAAGUUAAGUCUAGGUUUAAAUGAAAACAGGGAUAUUAAUUUUAAUGAAGUAAGCAACCUUCACUAUAAUUCAUUUAAAUAUGAAGAUUAUAUAAAAGAAGCCCAAUUAAAUAACUGUGUAAGUGAUGGAAAUAAUAUAUUUAAUAACUCAAAUAGAAAUAAGAAUAUCAUACAAGAUCCUUUAAUUUUCAAUAGAAGAGAAGAAAGCAAUUUGUUUCAAUCACAAGCACGUAAGUCUUUGACAAGCUUUAGAGAAUCCUUAAAAAAACAAGGAAUUUUAGGAUAA